UCAAGGCUAUCUUUCCAAACUUGUCAUUUUUCUUUCUCAUUUUUCAGAUUCUUUUUCUCAAGAAACAAACAAAGAGUCUCUUUCUUCACCCUUGCUCUGAAAUCGAUUAUCCUACUUGUAUCUCUGAUAACCACAAAUGGUACUACCAAAGCGUGUCCACAGAUUCUUCAAGUUCAGAUUAAGCCCACUUUUCAUACCUAUUACUUCUCUUACUCCCUUAAUCAUCCACCAUUAAUACAUAUCUCUCAAAAUCACAAGUCUUUUUCUUUAAUUUGUCCAAAAAAAAAAAAAAAUCUGUAGCUAGCUAGCUGUUUAUUAGCUAAUAACUCGAAUAUUAUUUCAUAUCAGAAUAUAUAUAUAUUUAUAGUGAUCUGUUGUCGUUUUUUUGGGACAAAACAAAGCCAAAUGGUUGGAAAACACUGGUACGAGAAGUCGGCACGUGAAGUUAUAGAAAUGGCUUGGAUUAUGCUCAGCGUUGAUUACUCGAGGCUUUUCUGGUUACUCUUUGGGGUUUUCUCUUAUGAAUAUCAUGAAGGAAAGCCUCGGAUCUAGCACUUCCAUACCAACUUUUAUUUCUCUACUACUACUCUUAAUAUAAUUCUCAUAUAUAAAUAGUUAGAUACAACUUGAAAAUUUUUAAGCUUUUUGUGUGGUUACCAUCAAAGAUGAACAACAGUUCAAGAUCAUCGGGAAGGAGUGUCAAUGGAGGAGCCAAGAUUACAGCUGAGCUUGCUGGUUACGUUGAAACCGACCCAUCUGGUCGCUAUGGACGAUUUAGAGAUGUAUUGGGGAAAGGAGCAAUGAAGGUAGUAUAUAAGGGGUUUGAUGAGGUUCUUGGAAUAGAAGUUGCAUGGAACCAAAUAAAGCUAAACGAUGUGUUUCGAUCCCCAGAAGAAGUACAAAGACUUUAUGCAGAGGUUCAUCUCCUCAAAAGUCUUCACCAUGAUUCCAUCAUCAAAUUCUACACCUCUUGGGUCGAUGUUCACCGAAGAACCUUCAACUUCAUCACUGAAAUGUUCACCUCAGGAACCCUAAGACAGUAUAGACAAAAGUACCAGAGAGUGAAUAUAGGAGCUGUAAAGAGUUGGGCCAGACAAAUCCUAGGUGGGCUUGAAUACUUGCAUGGGCUGGAUCCACCUGUGAUCCACAGAGACCUCAAGUGCGACAACAUCUUUGUGAAUGGGCAUCUUGGACAGGUGAAAAUCGGUGACUUGGGUUUGGCUGCCGUUCUUCGGGGCUCCCAACACGCACACAGCGUAAUAGGAACACCAGAGUUUAUGGCACCAGAACUGUACGAGGAGGACUAUGAUGAGUUAGUAGAUAUUUACUCCUUCGGCAUGUGUGUUCUUGAGAUGCUCACCUCUCAGUAUCCCUAUAGCGAGUGCUCCAAUCCUGCCCAAAUUUAUAAGAAAGUCACUACUGGAAAAUUGCCCGAAGCCCUCAACAGGAUUGAAGAUCCAGAGGCGAAGCAAUUCGUGGCCAAGUGUUUAGCGAACGUUUCCAAGAGGCUACCAGCUCGGGAGCUCUUGCUCGACCCAUUUCUAGCUUGCCAUGAUGAUAAUAACAAUGACAACAAUGAUGAUGGUGAUGAUUAUAAUGUUGAUGUUGAUGAUAACGAUGAUGAUGAGGAGCAGAACUCGACUCUUGAAAAUGAAACUGAUAUUCAGAAAGAACACUCAGUGGAGCCUGAUUUACAGAGGACCACGAAUAUGACGAUUACGGGGACCAUGAACCCAGAAGAUGAUACCAUUUUUCUCAAAGUUCAUAUUUAUGAUGAAAACGGGAAUAAUGCUAGGAACAUCUACUUCCCAUUCAACAUCGUGAACGACACUGCCAUUGAUGUGGCAACAGAGAUGGUGAAUGAAAUGGAGAUUAGCGACUGGGAACCGUCUGAGAUUGCUGUGAUGAUAGAGCAGCAGAUAUCUUCUUUGGUGCCGAAUUGGAAAGACUGGGUCUCACCGCCAUUAGAAGGGGGUUGUCUUCCCAAUAGCUAUGAUGAGGUAGAGGAGGAAGAAGUAGAAGAAGAAGAAGAAUAUGAUUUUGACGUUACAAAUCGACCUUUCUAUGCUUCAUCGUGUUCUACCUCCCAUGACUCUCUCUUGGCUCUUAACUCUUCCCAUUUCCCUCAUGGGAACAACAUGACUUCUUUUGAUCGUAAUUGGUCUCAAGAUGACAUAUUUAUGAACGAUGAUUCAAGCUCCAUAAGCUCGUUAAAUUCCUUUAACUACUCCAACGUGAACUACUGCUCGGGCUACGAAGAGGAUUAUGACUCAAGUCUCAGAGGUAAUGUAGAGGCUACAAUGGCACAAAAAUCUACAAGAUUCCGGCCUGCGGACAUCGUGACAGCACACAGUAGUGCUUUUCCAAGAGCUUAUCAUCCCUUAAAACAUAAUCAUCAUCAACAGCAUCAUCCGCCGAAGCUUACCAGAAUUCGAUCAAUGGUAGAUGUGCGAAGCCAGUUGUUGCACCGGUCACUGGUUGAGGAGAUUAACAAGAGGCGGUCGUUUAAGACAGUAGGAGCUAUUGGGAACAUUGGAUUUCAGAACCUCGGCGAGGACUUUUCCAGUACUAAAAUGUUCCCAACUGGUGAUUUUCCAGGAAGGUCUUCCAAAAAUGGUUAGCUAGCUAUAUAUAUGUCGAUAUAUAGCAGGGAUUCUCAAAAUGAUAUUGUAAUGAAUGAAGGGUCUUUUCCUGUUUUGUCCAUUUUAUUAUAUAAGAACGCUCGUCUUUGUUAUGAACUCUCUUGGUAGUAGUUCUUCAUGGGUUCAUUUCAUGUACAUAUACAUGUUAAGGCCAUGCGGUGUACUGUAAUAUACGUGAUAAUGAUGAUGAUGAUAAUUUGUUGUGUUA